AUGAACACUACACCUCCUCCAUCUUGCUCAGGAAACUUUUGUCCAUUCUUUGGUGAUCGACCACACCCCCCUUUUGCGGUUGCCCAAGCGAAACCCCCCCUCCCCUCCGAACCACUUAAAAUUCACGAGUCGGAUACCGGACUAAAGAGCGUGGCUUUCGCCAAGUCGACAAGGUUACUUACUCUUUUUGCAUUAUCAAAAAAGGAGAAAAAAUGGGCUUCGUUCGAUACGCGCGCCCAUAAUAUAUCACUCAUCAAACGUCACCACAAUGGAGACCUGAAGCGCCCUUUUUGUUGUCUCCCUUCUCCAGGAAAUUUUGGCGAUGCUACCUGUAUCAUUAUGCACAUCAUCGAAGAAAAUCAAAAAGAGGAAAAGCCUCCCUUUUUUUUAAUCCAGGGUUUUGUCCGAUGGACCGACAGAGUUUGCGGGAAGAGCCGCUCCCUCGCCACGGGACCCGGGGGUUGCGGAGCUCUCACUACCUUACCCCCUUUGGACCCAGCAAACUUAUUACUUAUAUGCAUUUUUGAUACGAGUACUCCGUACGGGAUGCUCUUUUCGGACAUGGCCAUGUUCUGGAACAAUUCUAGAUCAGCAGUCCCAGUCAUCCAUGGAGCAAACUUCGAGUUUGGCGAAUUAAAGGCACACCAAUACUUGAAUCAGCAUAGUGAAACAGUAUUCCAUACCGAACAGCGAUUUGUUCCAAGAAAAGCCAAGGACUUGCUGUGGUCUGCUCUUUCGCUACGAUGUUAUACAAAAGACGAGCACAAUGACAACUUUGAGCCACUCCUUCAUCAGCAACUCAUCAGCAACUCACCAGCAACUCACCAGCAACUCAUCGUCAACUCAUCAGAUUUCACCAUGGAAUAUUCGAUGCCAGUUGAUCAGGGAACCCGAAACCCUGUCAGCGAAGAGUCCCAGAACAUAGCUCCCCAGUAUCAGCAGGUGGAAAAAUGUCAUCACCCUCCCUUCCCGAAGCCUUCUCACAUUCUCUUACUUACGACUUCCCGGGAUUUACCGCCUUACCGCCCUCUUGCAACCAGCUUCGACCGCAGCAAGAGGUGGCUCGAUGUGAAUUUGUCCAACUUUUCCUGGGCGCGCUGGCCGUAUCUAAAGCCUGGUAUGCUCUUACCAACGAGGAGCUCGAAGCAUUCGAGCAAAGUCGAUACUCGCGGAUAG